UAGUGGGCAGGGUGGGCCCGCCCGCCUCAGUGCGGCUGCCAGCGCCUGUACCUGUACCAGCGCCAGUGCCAGGCCGCUCGGCCAAGAUGGCGGCGGCGGGAGCGGAGCGGACGCGGUGUCCAUGGUAACGGGCAGCCUGCGGCCUGCGGGCGAGGCGAGGCGCGGCAAGGCGAGGCCAUGCUGGCCGGCUCCAUCCAGAUCUCCGGGGAGACGCUCUCGUCGGCCGAGGUCAAGGAUAUCUGCGACUCCCUCCGGACCCACUCGGUGCGGCUGCUGUCUCUGCGGGGCUGCCAAGUGUCCGACCGCGACUUCGGGCGCAUCGGCCGCCAUGUGGCGGAGUGCCAGUCCCUGGCGCAGCUCAACCUCAAUCUCGGCGUGGUCGCCACCCUGGCCCGGGUGCAGCAGCUGGCGGACGCCCUGGCAGCCAACAGGUCCAUCCACUCCUUGUUCCUUCAUGGUAGUCCUCUCACUGAUUCUGGAUUGGCUGUCCUCAACCCUGCCCUUUCUCUCCAUCCUUCCCUAAUAUCACUGGACCUCGGAGACUGUGUUCUGGGGGAUGAAGCAAUAAGUCUAAUCUGUGGACUGUUACCGCCUGAUGGAGCAAAAUCAGGACUGAAGGAGCUGACACUGAGCGCUAACCCUGCUAUCACACUGAAGGGAUGGGCACGGCUGGUGAUUGCAGUCUCACACAGUUCUCAACUUCGUGUCCUUAAUUUGGAUUAUAAUCCGUUAGGUGAUCACAUUGCUGGGAUGUUAGCCGUUGCUGUGGCUUCCAGUCGGACUUUGGAGGUGGUGGACCUGGAGGGAACAGGCCUCACAAAUCAGUCUGCUCAGAUAUUUCUGGAUAUGGUGCAGAAUUAUCCCACCUCCAUGCGGAGCCUCAUCCUUGCGGAGAACAACAUCAGCUUGGAGCUGCAGCAGCAAAUCUCAGAUCUUCUGUCUGAAGGAGAAGAAGAGGAGGAUCAUGAGAAUGAAGAGCAAGAAGAUGGAGAAACAGAGAAGGAUAUCUGGGUUUCUCAAAACCAUCAAGCAUCACCGACUAUCCUCAUGUCAACGGGCCUGGAAGAUUCUCUGCUGGCAGAAACAGAAAUGUAACAGCCUGCAGGCGGCAGCUUGUUGUGCCCCAUAGACCUCGACAACACGGCAUUGCCACUGGCGUCUGCUUGUCUUGUCCUGCUGUCACUGAACAGAAACUACACCCUGGUCUGUUAUGUUACUUGGAUCACAGAGCUGUAACCCUUAGCUGAAAAUGAUAAGCGCUGGAAGAGCAUCUCGAAUCACUUCACACCACCUGUCCUUAUAUAUUUAUUUAUUCUUAAUAAUUUAUUUUAAAUCAAUUCGUCUGAUUAACCUCAGUCACUGCACUGCUAAAGAAAUGAAUGAUGUGAAACUGUGAAAUGUUUUGAUGUGAUCAUGCACUGUGUAAAUGCAAUAGUUGUUAUCCGUUAUUGAAACUGCUUACAUAGAUCCUGUAGUCAGCUGUGCUGUUUCCACUACGGGCUGCUCUGACGUUCCUGUCUGAAACAAGGAAGUCACGGAGAUUCACUGGAAACCUCUUCCAAGUGAAAUUAUUAACUAAUUAUGGAACCACCAAUUCUCUUUGCUGUCUUACAACGAGCCAGAUGUGAUAAUUAAACUGUGGAAUAGUCAUUCUGUUCCACGCAACUGAUGCUGCCAUCUCGAAUAUGGUGCUGCCUGCCACCUGGACUGAAGGAAAUAAACUGGAAUCUCAGAAUCAACUGGGCAACAUGCUAUGUGGACCCCACCUGACCCUGCCUCUGAAGCCUGGAGUCUGUGCUUCAUAAAUGGUUACAAGUGCAAGCUAGAGGCUGUGGUGAGUGAUUCAUCUCCUCAUUCCACAGAAGAUUUUCACCAUCUUCAGGAGAUAAUUCUAAAAUGGGAUGGAAUACUCUCCACCUGCCUGCGUGAGUGCAGUUCCAGAAACGGAGGUUCCCACACAAUCCAGGACAAAGCAGAGUUCUCCAUCAACCACCCAAAGCAUUCACUCUCACCAUCACUGGCGAUCUGUCACUCAAUUCAAUUAUCGCAACCUACCAAAGUUCUCCAACAGCCUGGACUAUCAAGAGGGACAAGGACAACAAGUAUUUAAGAGUUUAAGAAGGAACUGCAGAUGCUGGAAAAUCGAAGGUACACAAAAAUGCUGGAGAAACUCAGUGGGUGCAGCAGCAUCUAUGGAGCAAAGGAAAUCGGCAACGUUUCGGGCCGAAACCCUCAGUACCUGGGAACACCAUGUAAUAUAUCACCAAUCCUUCAUUAUCACUUCUCUUACAUUCAGCCAGUUCCACACCGCUCCCCCACCACACAACAAACACCAUCAGCAUCAUCAGCAUGUGGACUGUGACUAAUGAUGGCCAGGAAGGCCAGUUAUCUUCAGAGAAACACCCAGCUACGGAGAAGGAAUUGCAAACCUUUUUAAGACCAGUAUAUUGAGAAAUGAAGAUAGUUCCAAGUAGGUUGAAUCAACAUUGUUGCUUGCGGUCCAGCCUCACUGGAGUGAGUUAGAGAAAAGAGUUUGGACCAUCGUUGGAGAGAGAACUGCGAGGCAAAGAUAUAUAGCAUGGGAAACUGACUUUCAAUGAAACCUUGAAUUAUAAUAGAAAUAUUGAAGAAUUUAUUUUUUGAUAAAGGUUACUUUUUUUUUUAAGCAAUUGAGUUGCAUCCAGAAAUGCUGAGAUAUCUGGCUAUUGAAACACUGGGGAUUGAGUGCACCUUCUGAGGGUUAAUGCACAUGUUUGACUAUCCAGCUGCACCACAAACAAUAGGAGCGGUAUCGCUACUGACCAAGAUGUAAUGGCUGUUUGUAAUGUCAUGUGGCCAAUCUUGUAGACAGAAUCGGGCAUUCUUUAGGGUUUACUAGCAGGGUACAUUAGUAAUCCAUUCAUCCAGCAUCAAUUAUCCAAGCUAAUGUUCUUCAUAGCUGAAACUCAUUCCCUUCAAAACAGGGUCGAGCUGAGAUUAUCCCCGUCAUCUAGCAACGUCACCAUUUGAUAUGGUUCGUUGGCAGACCGAGGCAGAGCCAUCCCAGGCUUGCAGCAUUCACUCUCAGACUGUGGCUGCCGGCACAUCUGGAGGGUUGUUGGUCCUUGGUGCACAUUUCCAGGGCGGCAAUUGGGCGACGCAGGCCCUUAAUUAUUCCAUUUGUCUCUGCCCCAGGCACACUUGUCACUAUCACCCCAACCUGCCACGUCAACCACCUCCACCUGUCACAUUGGCGAGAGGCUAAGAUAACUUGCCAAGAGGUACAGCUCACUGGUUUAGAAAUCUAGUUACUGUAAUCUACUUCAGUCCUUCUACCUUUAAGAAUCAUAGUUACUCAUGCCAAGACAAGGCGAGCUCUCUGUACCACCAGAAUACUGAUCAGAAGCUGCUCUCGGUUCUAUUCAAUGUAACCUGGAGAGCACCCACCAGAGUUCAAUUGUCAGCUGAAAUGUUCUAGAUACCUGGCUUGCAUUUGCACUAUCCCAUAGCAGCCUUGUGGCCACUCACAGACAUAAAUACAGACCUAUACAGAGUGAAAGCUACCAGGUGAGGUUUGAUGAGCAGUGGGAGGAACUACAUAUUGAAGGAAUGAGCAACAAGCAGCAGAAACCAAAUUAAUUAUUUACCCAACGUAGGACUGUGGAGAUAGCUGUAAAAACUGUUGCUAAUAUCUGCACACUAUAAUAUCAUUCCAGAAAUUUGAUUGAAAACGUUCUCCCCACAACUCCUUCCUGACCAGCUGAGUGUUUCUUGUAUUUAUUACCAUUUCACAAUGCUUGCUUGCUAAUUCAAAAUUAAACACUCUCCACUGCAAAAUUAACAUAA